CCCCCCUCUCACACAGGCCCCGGAUUGUAGUGACGUCACCGACAGCCAUCUUUUCUGUCAGAGCUUGGAGAAGAAGGAGCAGCAGCAGCAGCACCAGAGACUGAACAGCAGCCAGCAAGAUGUCUGCCCCAGCUGCCGGUCCCCCUGCUGCCCCUGGAGAAGGUCCCCAAGCUCCCCCUAACCUCACCAGCAAUAGGAGGCUGCAGCAAACUCAAGCACAGGUGGAUGAGGUAGUGGAUAUUAUGCGUGUGAAUGUAGACAAAGUGUUGGAGAGGGAUUCAAAAUUAUCCGAGUUGGAUGACCGUGCUGAUGCUCUGCAGGCCGGAGCCUCGCAGUUUGAAACAAGUGCAGCAAAACUCAAGCGCAAGUACUGGUGGAAAAACCUCAAGAUGAUGAUCAUUAUGGGUGUGAUAUGUGCUAUCAUUCUCAUCAUAAUAAUUGUCUAUUUCAGCACCUAAGGAAUUUGCACUCUCCCUUCUUUCUCUUAUUCUCUCUCGCCCCUCUUCCUCGCCGGAUCUAUCAUCUCCCCCAGCUGGGACCAGACAAACUUCAACAUAACUCCCCUUCCAGCCUUUUUUCCCCCUCUCCCUCUACUUUAGGGAAAAGGGGGCCCAUGUAUUGUGCAGAUACUCUCCCUUCUACCCUUUCUGUAAAUACCCUCUGAUUGGAUAAUCCCCCUAAUUUAUAUAUACACACACAUAUAUAUAUAGAUAUAUAUAUUUAAUUUGUCUGUGUGGGUUUUUCUGUUCUUUUGUUUUCUGUGGAGCUGUGCGUCUGUGGUAUUUCUACCUGGGGGAGGGGGGAGGAGAAAAUUACCUCUGGAAUAACAUCUGUCAACUCACCAAAUUAAAUUAUUACAUAGAGGAUGGAAGUGGAGGGUUAAAUAAGGAGGAUUAUGUUUGUGAAAAUGCUCUCCUUCUCCUCUUCUCUCCAACCCACCUAUUAGUUUUGUAUUCACCAUAUCCCCGUAUAUAUAUAGUAUAUUUAUGGUGUGUUAUAAGAGGAAUGCUUAAUAAACAGAAGUGUUACUCCUCUGUGCUCAGAUUCUCCCAAAAUAAACUAUGCCCUCCCCUUUCUGAAGUUAAGAUUUGGUGACUGGUUUUAUCACAAGGGUAUUUGGGUUGCUAGAGUACGGCUGCACCUCUUUUCUGUCACUACUCUGGAGGGAUAUAGUGUAAGGGAUGGAUGCUCAACGCUUAAUACUCUGCACCCAAGCUCUUUAACUGGUUCUCCUAUGUCUAUCUGAUAUGGUGUAAAAAAGCAGCCUUGCAGGAGGCUGCGUCACCAGAUAGCCCUGGAGUAGAAUGGAGGAUAUAAUGUUAAGUAUAUUGGGGAAUGGCAAUUUGAGGUAUAGUACUAGAGUACGUGAGCAAGUUACCCCAUGUUCCUACUAUCAUCCGACCACAUUGGAGGAAAAUGAUAUAUGCUAUUGGGGUCUAUGACUGUCUAGUAAUACCGCAAAUAUGAUAAUGUAAGGGCAGGGGGCAACAUUUCAACCCUUAACUAAGUGUUACUGAGAGAGAAGUCGUGGGGCAAUUACUUAAACUUCCCCUUUGACAAUUUUUAAUUUAAGUGUUUUCAUUGCAAAAACAAUUACCCUUCUUGCCCCACCACCAAAGAAUUACCCUCCUUCUUAUUAUUAUUAACCCUUUUAAUUCCUCUGCAUGGGAUCAGCCAUUAUGUAGCUGCUGCCAACUGGAGCAAUAAGGCACUGGGACAGCUGGGAUUUUGUAUGCCCAUUAUAGUGUAUUUAUCCCACUGGCCAGGUCCUUUUGUAUUUACUUGGCUCAUUUUCCUGCAAUGUCUUGUUAGGGGGGAGGGUGUGUGGGCGUGUAUGUGUGUGGCCAGGGGCAAUAGGGUAAUUCCUCCCUCUCUCUCUCUUUGUUAACCUCCUUAAUUACCCCUCCCUCCUCCUCCUGCCCCCACAACAUAAAUAUUACAAUAAAUGUUGUUUAACCAAA